AUGAGACACGAGGAACCAGAAACCUGGAGAAUAAAACAAGAGGAACAAGUAGAGUACAUUGAAGAGGAAAAUGAAGAACCAAAUCAUCAAGAGAAGCAGCAUGCAUGUGAUCAAUGCGGUAAAAUGUUUUUAUGGGCUUCACUUCUGAAGAAACACUUGAAAGUUCAUGCAAAGAAGAAGCCACAUUCAUGUCAUUUGUGUGGUGAGAGUUUUUUGCAUCUACAAAGUUUGAAAGAACAUCUUCAGAUAAAACAUACUGGCGUGAGAGAGUACGUGUGCUCUGAGUGUGAAAAGACUUUUAGUUCACCAAGCAGUUUAAAACUGCACGAGAGGAUUCACACUGGAGAGAAACCUUACAAGUGUUCACAUUGUGACAAGAGAUUCAGUCGGUUAGCACAUCUGAAAACACAUGAGAGGAUUCACACUGGAGAGAAACCUUACAAGUGUUCACACUGUGACAAGAGAUUCAGUGAUUCGACACAUCUGAAAAGACAUGAGAGGAUCCACACUGGAGAGAAACCUUACAAGUGUUCAAACUGUGACAAGAGAUUCAGUGUGUCAUCAAGUCUGAAAAAACACGAGAGGAUUCACACUGGAGAGAAACCUUAUAAGUGUUCACACUGUGUCUGGAGAUUCAGUCAUCCAUCAAAUCUGAAAAAACAUGAGAGGAUCCACACUGGAGAGAAACCUUACAAGUGUUCACACUGUGACAAGAGAUUCAGUCGGUUAACACAUCUAAAAAAACAUGAGAGGAUCCACACUGGAGAGAAACCUUACACGUGUUCAAACUGUGACAAGAGAUUCAGUCAAUCAUCAAAUCUGAAAAAACAUGAGAGGAUCCACACUGGAGAGAAACCUUACAACUGUUCACACUGUGACAAGAGAUUCAGUGAUUUUUCAAGUCUGAAAAAACACGAGAGGCUUCACACCGGAGAGAAACCUUAUAAGUGUUCACACUGUGACAAGAGAUUCAGUCGGUUAGCACAUCUGAAAACACAUGAGAGGAUUCACACUGGAGAGAAACCUUACAAGUGUUCACACUGUGACAAGAGAUUCAGUGAUUCGACACAUCUGAAAACACAUGAGAGGAUCCACACUGGAGAGAAACCUUACAAGUGUUCACACUGUGACAAGAGAUUCAGUGUGUCAUCAAGUCUGAAAACACAUGAGAGGAUUCACACUGGAGAGAAACCUUACAAGUGUUCACACUGUGACAAGAGAUUCAGACAGAAAAUAGAGCUGAAAACACAUGAGAGGAUUCACACUGGAUAGAAAGCACAUCAACGCAAUGUACGUGAGAAGUGUUCCUUUAUGUCAUCUGUUACAUACAGUCAAACAAAAAACAAUCACAGUAAGGCCCCGUACACGGGGAGACACAUUUAGUUGUAUAUGUAAAUAUUUUGUAUGGUAUAUGUUUCCUCCAGACGGAUCCAGCAUUUUGGUAGAGUGAAUUAAUUUUUUUUUAAACCAGGUCCCAGAGUGGAUAAAUCUGAAAAUGACACCUUUUUUGCUUUUGUGUACUGCCAAUCCAUAUAUUUUGUUAAACAAUGAUGUCAUCAACCCACUUCUCUACUAUAGUCAGACACCGCUAGGUCAUGUAACACCAACAACAAUGGAGGACUACAUGUUUGUGUUCAUGCUGUAGAAGCUACUGCGCCUAUUAGCUUGACUUAACUUACUAGUAGAGCUGCACGAUAUUGGAAAAAACAACACACAUUGUGAUAAUGUUUCUCAGCAAUGUAUAUUGAGAAAUGGAAAAAAAUCACCAGAUGACUUGAACAGCUCUAUUUAAGGAAAAAAUUAAUGAUUGGGGUGAUUUUGUUGUUGAAUAAAUCAGCUAGUUUUAUAAUCUAGAGAUUGUAAAGAGUAUGUAGCACACGCAUUGUCAAGUCAAGUACCAGUGGAUUACAGACUUGCUCCCGCGAGACCUGAUGCAACAGAGAGCGGCGCGGGACAAGACUUGUGUGUGUGCAGGAUGCUGGAAAAUAAAAAAAGUAGUAUCUAAACAUAAAAAAUCUAAAACAAAUAAAUUGUUAUUCAUCUAUUACACAAAAGCAAAAUGAACUCAUAUAAAAUAUAAACAAUUAACAGGUGCAAGCGUAUGCAGAGCUUCUAUUUAGGCUAUAACAGGGAUUGGUUUAUUGCACGAUGAGAUUGAUGCAAGCACACCUUUUGUGAAUAAAAGUUUAAUUUCGGCUAAGCGA